GUUUGACCAGUGAAGGAAAAGCUGUGUGACCUUUUCACCUCCGCGUUCUUCUUCCCCCGAUUCAGGGUCCCCUGUCUCUUCCCCCACAUAGACCAAGAUCCCGGGUUAAUUCUGCUGUAAUACUUGGUACCCUACCGCUUAAACCGCGCUAGCUAGCAGAGCUACAAUCGCAUAAUGCCGACGUAUCUGUGUCACGGCUUUCGCUGGCAUCGCGUAAGCAUACGGUAUUUCGUCGUUAUCCAGAACGUUGACGACGCCGCGUCGGAAUGGAUAAUAGCGCGGCACACUCCCCUCGCCUUGCUUAACCAAUUCUACGAGCUGUUCGACUUUCUACCUCCUUGUCGCCGUCCGACACGAAAUCUAAGCCCCUCGCCCCACCAUAUUCGCAACGAAUUCCCAACAACAAAUGGCUAUGCCCACUUAACCCCUCGUUCGCACAGCAGGAGCCAAACGCAAAGAGAGGAUGGAGUCGCCCGGUUUGGAAAUGGCGAAAAUGGAAUCGGUAACCGACUGAACAAAUUGCACAAUGGCUAUCAGGCCUCGGCCGAGCUACCGGCGGCUAAGCGACUCGACAAAUUAUCUCUAUUUCCGCCGUCGGAGCCGACAGAAGCUGGCGAUGAGAUAUCGUUCAACGAUUGGUCUAUAGUAAAGUUUCUGGAAGAGUUCGAUCCUUCAGACCUAACCACCGCGAGCGGACAAUGGGCAUACGUCGCAGAUUAUGUCGUGCGCAUAGACACUUCGGUUUCGAUUACCGAAGAAAUAAAUCGAUACGAGGCGCAGAUGAAAACGGAGCUUUAUAUGCCUAUGAGCGGUGUGAGCGAAGAAACCAGUCACAAGGCGAACACGUUUGGCAACAAGAGGGCAGGUUGGUUUGAGAGACUCCGCGAUCAGCUUCAAAGAAAAGAGAGUAUCCGGUGGUACGUUGUGGUCUGCGGCGACGAAGAACGUGCCAGCAUCGAGCCGGCUGAAAACCGAGACGCGAAAGGCGGAAGAACAAAGUCCAAUGCCGGCGAGAGCCAAUCCUCUCGCGGAUUUGUCGAGGAUGAAUUCGAAAUUCGUUUUCCGGACUUGCUAUUACCGCGCCGGUUCGCAGAGCAGGGGCUGAGACGUCGGAGAGUGGAGAGGAAGAUGGCAAAACAGAGUCAGACAUCUUCACCGAAUAAUGACCAUCCUGUCAUCCCCCCUCCCCCUGCCCCUAUCCAAGUCGCUCAUAAGAUGUCGAUGGGCCAUGAUAGCAGGCACGCCAUUUCCAUAUUUACUGAUAGACUCAGAAACCUGCUUCUAAGGCGAAAAUCUGAAGGUCUAACCUGAAAUAUGCGUAAGGUUUUGUCCAUCCGGGUACAUACCUUUUACAUACAUCAUUUUCAAGCAAUAGCAUGGUAGCGGCAGCUGCCAUAAUGAUGUUAAUUGUUAGGAAAGAGCGUUAUAUGGAACCUCAACGCCUGCUUAAAAUACGAAGGUCUAGGGGUCUUUUUCCCCUCUUGUCAUUCUUGUCAAUUCCUCCCGUUACCACGAACCAUCCUCUAAGCUACCUAAGUUGGCUAAGACAGGUCGUCCGGUCACUCAUUCUAUCUCUAUCCGCAUUCGUUAUCUAUUUUAUCGUACAACCCGACGGUAGCAAUGGGAUCCUCUUCGUCUUCGAGGCAAAACUCCCUGGCGGAGUCCACGAUACGUAGCAAAGGCGGCGACUUGGACGAGUCGGAGAGUGAGCUCGACGGAGAGACUCUUGACAAUCCUUCGCCAGUCUACCCA